ACAAGAAAGAAGCGCUCCAUCCAUCCAAGCCACGUACAGGAGGAGGAAGAAGAAGUCACACUGGGUUCGAGCUUGUUUUCCUGUCGUUACCGCUGACUUGAGUUUGUUUCCUUCGUUAGCGCCAGGGUCUGCUCUGCUGCUUACUAUGCCGACGGGUAGUCGGUAUACUUCAGAGUCUCUGUCCGGCAUGUUUAGUGUGGACUCGUUACAAGUAGCCGAGGAGGAGGUGGUUGAAUCCAGCUCCAAUAAACUCGGAGAUAUUUACACGUUCGUGGCUAAAGGCUGUUUCCCUCAGACCAUGAGUCCUUUACAGAAGAAGAAUCUGAAACGAUACGCCCAGAAGUUUAUCAUCGAUGAGGGAAAGCUGUACUAUGUGGGACCCAAGAAGGAUGAGAAAAGGGAGGUGGUGAUCGAAGCUGAGAGGAAGAGGCAGAUUUUCCUGGACUGCCACUUCAACGACAUCGGGCAUCACCUGGGCCAGAAGAAGACCGUCCACCGGAUCCAGAGCAGCUACUACUGGCUGGGGAUCAUCAAGGACGUGGUGGACUGGAUUAAAGUGUGUGAGACGUGUCGACACACGGAGAGAAUCAAAAACCAGUCCAGGACCAUCCGACCCAUUAAAGUGGACGCACCAUGGGACAUCGUUGGGAUUGACGUUCUAGGGCCUUUUCCUGAAACGCAGCAAGGCAACAGAAGUGUUUUACUCAUCGUUGAUUAUUUCAGCAAAUGGCCAGAGGCUUUCCCCAUGCAGAAGACCGAUCCUCUCUCUGUGGCAAGAUGCAUCUCUAAGUGCAUAUUCAGGUUCGGCACCCCUAAAACGAUGGUGUGCACCCAGAGUCCUGACUUCUGUGACAGGGUGACACAGCUGUUGUGUGAGAGGUGGAGCCUGGUGCAGAAGGUUUCUCCUAUGACUCAGCCUCAGCUCAACCCGCUGCAUGACAACACAAGCCCACAGAUGAAGGAGGCCGUGGUGCAGAUGGUAGAGGAGAAGCAGGAGGAAUGGGAUGACUUUUUGGACGCUUUGCUGUUUUUGUUCCGUACGUCCACCAACCCCACGACCAAGUUCACCCCUUACAUGCUCAUGUUUAACAGAAAGGCCAGUUUACAGAACGAGACUACACUAAACAUCCUGGACUUCGGUGAGCCAGAGCAGGACACGUUUCCCACAAAGCAGAAGGCUUCUGAACACAUGGCCAUUAUGCAAGAGCAACAACACGCUGUGAAGCAGCUGGUGAUCGCUAAUAUGAACACAACCUACAAACAAGAGAAGAAGAAGAAUGCCAAACGCAGGAUGCAAACCAAGUCUCCGGAUACUUUUAAAACUGCAGAACCGCUUUUCUUCUCAGGAGACUCGCCUUCACCCAAAAAAGCCAAAGACAGCUUGUUUAUGUCAUUUCCUGUGGAGACGGUGUUGUCUACGGAGCAGAGCAGUCCGGAGAACAUAAAAACUGAGCUGACGUAUCGCUUGGCCGACUCUGACAUUAACUGAAAACUACUAUAGACGGCUGAGAGGAAACAUCUGAGGAGCAUCUCACCAGGAGUGGACUGGUGGAAAUUGGCACCCAGAUGUGGAGCAGAUAAAUUUUCACAGGAGCUGUGGAGGACUUUCAGAGACAUCUCAGUCUCGUCGCAAACACAACAGUAAACAUGUCUGAAUGGGUUGGACCAUCACAGAAUACCUAAAUUAUUCUAUAUACUUUUACAACAAAUAAAUUAUGUUCCCUUUUGUUAAAGUGUUCAAAUAAAGGUAAUAAAUGAUAAA